GGCGUCUCCACGGUUGCCCCUGGAGACGCGGGCGGCGUCUUGUUGGCGUGUGUCUCAUGGCGGCGCUGCUGCCCGAUCCGCUGCUGGAGGCGCGGGACCAGGCGCGGGCUCCCCUCAAAGACUUCUACCAGAUCGUGGUGACGAGGAGCGAGGUGAUAUGGAGGUGGUGGCAGGUCUCUCUGCGUCACGUGGGUCGGAGCACAAGACCCGGGGAGACGAAAGAGACUCACGCGGAGUUUCUGGAGGACAGAGUCCUGCAGGGCCGCGUGCUCGCCGUGUUCGGGCCCGAGCUGCUGUCGAGAGCCCAGGACGCGUGCUCGGGCCGCCACGACUUCCUGUCGCGCCUCCCCGCGCCGCUCGGCGUACGCGUGCUCGCGCUGCUUCGCCUCGAGGACCUGCAGAGCGUGGCGCGCACGUGCACGCGCCUGCACGCGCUGUGUGAGAGUGACGCGCUGUGGGAGGCUGUGUGCUGCGGCUGCGAUGGCUCCUGCUCGUCGUCGUCGUCCUCGCAUCGCGAGUCUCUGCGCGCCUUGGCUGCGGACAUCGGCUGGAAGAAAGUCUUCUUCUCCAGCAAGCUCCACCUGCAGCUGCAGCUGCGGCGACGACGCCAACGCAACGACAACAGCGACAUAAACGACGCACAGCAGCUUGCGCUCCCGGCACCGGAGGCCGUCCCAGCGAAUUGAUCUGCGCCCGCUCGCUGGCGUGCCGGCAGGAAAUCGCAGUUUUUUUCCCUGCUCGUUGCUUGGUGGAACGGCGGUUGAAAUGUGUUUUUUUGGUGGAGAGCGGAUGGUUUCUUUUGUCAUGCUUUUGGUGGAGGAAGAGUUGGGGGAUUUUUUUUCCGUGGUUUGUUUUCGAUGCAAAUGCGGAUUCUGCCGAUUUUGUGAGGUUUAAUUUCUGGAGUGAGUUAAGGAGGAAAGACCGUUUUUUUUUGUUAGCCACCGUUUCUGUUUACAUCGGUGAAUGAGGUUAAAUGAGUUUUGGCGGAAAGGACUGUUUGCCGUGGGUUUUAGGUGAAAGGGAGCCAUGGUUUCCGUUUACAUCGGUCAAUGAGGUUAAAUGAGUCUUGGCGGAAAGGACUGUUUGCCGUGGGUUUUAGGUUUAAGUUUCAUUUUAUAUUUUAAAAAGGGGGGGGGGGGGGGGUGGUAGUUUUACCCGCAUUUGAGGAAAGGUGGUCGAUGCCAGAUUUAGGUUCUGAAGUUUCCAUGGAAUUGUACGAAAUGAUUUUGAACAAGUGCACUUCUUCAGGAACUGCUGACAGUAAUGCACAUAGGGUCGAGUGGUUUUAUUCUUUUGUGGUUUUCAAAACAUAUGGCUUUCUGGCCUGUACUGUUACUCUGUUAGGGUGGGGGCUUUUUCUCUCGUCAGUUACAGAUGUUAUUGUUUGUGUUUGGCAUUAGUCUCGCUAAUGGCCCCCAGAGUGUAGUCUCCAUAUACAUGGCUCCCAGAGGCAGACUUUGCAGCUGUGAGCAUCGGUGACUUUACCGUGCUGGCAAUCCACAGUCGUCUCUCUCCGUCUCAUCGCUGUCUGUCGCGGCGGUCACGUUUGCUCGAAUAUAUUUUGAUGGUGACGUAAGACAAGAGGACCACAAUGCAGUUCUUCAGGAACUCUUGAUGGUUUUUGCAUAGUGCACAAAGGCAAAGUGUUUUGUACGCGUCGCUGUGUCUGUUUUUGGUGAGGGGGGGGCCGAAACACAUUUAACAUUGCCAUCCUUUUCUAAUUGUGCAAUUCGUUCAUUAAAAUCGCUUCUAAGA